CUGCCUGCGUGAGUCAUGCGACCGACUACGCACGUUUCCCGGUACCGAUUGUCGAGUGUCGACGGUUAUCGCUGGCCUCGUGAGUCGCGUCAUACGGACCAGUCCGCUCCUUACCUCCUGGCGGCAGUGUCGGCGAAGUGGUGCGAUUUGACAGUGCCGCCGCGCCGUGUGGUGUUUCAAUAUUUGAAGAGGUCAAAACUACGGAGAUAUCUCUUCAUUGUUCUGUUCUGGACUAAUCCUCCCCCAGAGUUGGACGGCCUGCAAGGUAUUCCAACCCGUACCACGCCCACAGUAACGCCCACCACGCUGCGCAACAUUGAGCAGACCUUUUUCGACCUGCAACAGGAGGAAGCCCACCACAACCAGGCGGGCUUUGUGCCCCCGGUCGUGCAGCCUGUGUCACACGGUAACGGGCUGGUCAUGAACCUGGUGGACUACAAGAGCUGGGGCGGUGGUAGCACUGUUAUCGGAGAUUCACACUCCAGCAACGAUAGCAGCAUUACAUUGCGCAGCACACCCUCUAUUACACCCCCUACCACAACACGCCGGAAUAUGGGUGGCCGACGACCGACGAUCAAGGACAAGAACAUUUCUCCUGAGGAGGAGGAACGGAGGCAGGUUCGAAGAGAACGCAACAAGCUUGCGGCGGCUAGAUGUCGAAAACGAAGACUCGACCAUACGAACGAACUAAUUGAGGAGACAGAGGGAUUGGAAGACAAGAAACAGAGUUUGCAACAGGAAAUCCAACAACUGCAGAUGGAGAAGGAAGACUUGGAGUUCAUCUUGGAGACCCACAAGGUCAAUUGUCGUCUGACCCGAUCCGACUCUCCCCCGGAUGUAAAGCCAUUCGUCAAUUCACCCAGAGUAAUGGUAAUUAAAGAGGACCCCGAGUGUAAUCAGCCGUUGCAGAAGAAGAUGGCCAGGCCCCGCCCGAACUCAUUACCUGUUGCGGCGUUCAAUCCACGCAAACUGCCAUCGCUGAACGGAGGAGUGUCGACAACUGAAGUGGCGGGGGUGUCCAUCACCACCCCCACAGCGGGGAUGCCCUUCAACUUCGACUCGUUGAUGGACGGCGGCACCGGACUGACCCCCGUGUCGGGGCCACUAGUACCGUCCUGCGCCAGCCAGCAGCGGACCGGCUGUGUCGAUCUAUCAAGCCCCGACUCACUGCCCACCAGCAAGCUUGUCUCACUCUGACAGUAGGCCAUGGCGGUAGCCGAACAUAUGCCAUGUUGUAUUUAUUAAAACAAUUAAUACGAGAUGUAAGAUUUUAAUUUAAUAAUCACAUGAUACCGAUAUUGUAUUUCACAUGUAACCUGAUACUCCGGUAUCACGAGUAGGUUGGGAGAGUGUCUGCGAUCUCAUUCGUGUUAGUUAUGUUCACCAUUGAGCUCUGCUCCCAGCAUUUUAACUAUAAGAUAUUUUUAUUUAUAUUGUACAGAGAUUAUUAUAAUUAUUAUUAUUAUUUACCAUGAGUUUUAUCGAAGUAAGAAAUAGAAUAUGCCUGUGAUGUCAGCUUUUCUACAGAUUGGUAUACAAAAUGGUCCACGUACUGCGUGGAUAAAUAUUUUUGCAAAUGUUUUCUUACCAAAGAUGUUUUCUAUGUAUUGCCACCACAUGCCUUGUAACACACCUUUGGAAGUAUUUUCAAGCGUAAAUUAAAGUUGUUUUCUAUUUGAUAUAA